AUAAAUCAUAAAAUUUUAAAUUAUAUAAAGCAUGAAUUCAUUGCUUAUUCGUCGAAACUUUCAAAAACUUCAAAAAGUAACUUCACCUCAUAAUAAUAAAAUAUUAAAUUUUAUUUGUAAAAAGUCUUAUUCGCGUGUCGUUGGUGAAGAGUUUAAACUUAAUGAUAAACUUCAUGGGUUUCGUGUUGAACAGAUAAAUCAUAUACCAGAACUUGAACUAACAGCAACACAGCUUAUACAUGAAAAAACGGGUGCUUCGCAUUUACAUAUUGCAAGAGAUGAUAACAAUAAUGUAUUUGGUGUAGGUUUCUCCACACCUCCUAUGAAUAGCAGCGGGACUCCUCACAUAUUAGAACAUACAACAUUAUGUGGAAGUAAAAGGUUUCCGGUGAGAGAUCCAUUUUUUAAAAUGUUGAAUCGAACUUUAGCAAAUUUUAUGAACGCUAUGACAGCAAAUGAUUAUACAAUUUAUCCAUUUUCAACAACACAUAAACUUGAUUAUGAUAAUUUAAGAGAUGUUUACAUGGAUGCAACAUUUCAUCCUUAUUUGAGAGAAUUGGAUUUCAAGCAAGAAGGGUGGAGACUUGAACAUAAGCAACCUAAUGAUAAAUCAACACCUUUACAAUUUAAAGGAGUUGUAUAUAAUGAAAUGAAAGGUGUAAUGUCAGAUGCAGGAUAUUUAUUUUAUAAUGGGGUACAAGAAAAUAUGUUUUCAGGCACAACUUAUGGAAAUAACAGUGGGGGUGAUCCAAAAUAUAUAACCGAUUUAACAUAUCAAGAACUUUUACAAUUUCAUAAAACUCAUUACCAUCCAAGUAAUGCAAAGUUCUAUACUUAUGGAAAUUUUCCAUUAAGUGAUCAUUUAGCAACAAUUAAUAAUAAAAUUAGAGGGUUUGAGAAAUCAAGUCUUGAUGAGGGUAUAAAAAAUGUUAAACCAUUUGGUUCUUCUCCAAAAAGGAUUAGUUUAUAUGGACCUCUUGAUCCAAUGAUUAAUUCUGAAAAACAGACUAAAAUGUCCAUGUCAUUUUUGACUAAUAAUAUAAAUGAUACUUUUGAAACUUUUGUUUUAAAAAUAUUUAGUUAUUUAUUAUUGGAUGGCCAUGCAUCUCCAAUGUAUAAAGCACUUAUAGAUGGAAAUAUUGGAUCUGAUUUCUCUGAAAAUACCGGAUAUGAUUCUUCAACUAAAAUAAGCUAUAUGAGUAUUGGAUUACAAGGAAUGAAUGAAAAAUAUGUUCCAUUGGCUGAAGAAACUAUAAAUAAAGUAUUGGAAGAUGUGUCACAAAAUGGAUUUGAUUCAAAACGUAUUGAAGCAGCAAUACAUCAAACUGAAUUAAGUAUAAAACAUAAAACUGCAUCUUUUGGUUUAAGUCUUAUGCAUUUAAUAAGUUCUGGAUGGUUUAAUGGUAGCAAUCCUGCUGAAUUUCUGGAAAUUAAUAAUAAUAUUAAAUUAUUAAGAGAAAAAUUAAAGACAGAACCAUUCUUUCAAAAUUUAGUAAAAAAAUACUUUAUAAAUAAUCCACAUACACUUAUAUCAGUAAUGACACCAGAUUCAUCAUAUACAGAAAAAUUAUUAAAAGAAGAACAAUCCCGAUUAGAAGCUAAAACAUCAACACUUACAUCAGAAGAAAAAGAAAAAGUUUAUAUGCAAUCAAUAGAGUUGUUAAAAAAGCAAGAAGAAGAAGAAGAUUUAUCUGUUUUACCAAGUUUAAAAAUACAAGACAUAGAUAAACAAACGAAAAAAUUUGAAUUGAAAUUUACUGAUGUUAAUAAAUGUCCUGUACAAUGGAGAAAUACAAGUACAAAUGAAAUAACUUAUUUUAGGAUUAUUAAUAAAAUUGAAGGAUUAAAAGAAGAUUUAAGAAUUUAUUUGCCUUUAUUUGCUCAAGCAUUAACUUCUUUGGGAACAAAAUCUAAAACUAUGGCAGUAAUUGAUGAUGAUAUAAGAUUAUAUACUGGUGGCAUAAAUGUUUCAACUUUUUUAUCAACAAAUCAUUCUGAUUUAAAUCAACAUGAGGAUGGAUUAUUAAUUACAUCACAUAGUCUUGAUAGAAAUAUUAAUCAUAUGUAUGAUAUAUUAAAACAACUCUUAUGUGAGACGAAUUUUGAUAAUGUUGACAAAUUGAGAACUAUUAUUUAUGCUAAUGCAACUAAUAUGAUGAAUUCAGUUGUUGAAUCGGGACAUCAAUAUGCAAGUACUUUCGCCGGAUCAAAAUUAAUUCCUACUAUGAGUAAAGCAGAGAUUUAUGGUGGUAUGACACAAGUACAUUUUAUGAACAAACUAGCAGCUAAUGAAGAUUUUGAUACUAUAAUUCAAAAAUUGAAGGAAAUUUCCGAAUACGUGUUAAGUAAACAAUCUUUAAGAGUAGCAAUUACUUGUGGUUCAGAGAAUGUAGAUCAAAAUAUAAAUGCAUUAAGUAACUUCUUAAUUGAAUUACCUGAAAAAAAAAUAUCACAGAGUAAUGAACAAUCUUCAUUUCAACCAACACAUGAAAAGGCAUUUUUUCCUUUACCAUUUGCGGUAAAUUUUUGUGCUCAAGCUUUUAAAGGAGUACCUUAUACGCAUCCUGAUGGAGCUAAAUUACAAAUUCUUUCGUCGUUAAUGCGUACACAUUAUCUUCAUCGAGAAAUACGUGAAAGAAAUGGUGCAUAUGGAGGAGGUGCAACCUAUAAUGCAAGUACGGGUAUAUUUUCGUUUUUCUCCUAUAGAGAUCCUAAAACUUUGGAGACCUUAAAAACAUAUCGGGAUAGUAUUGAGUGGGUUGGAAAAAGAAAAUUUACUCAACAAGAAAUCGAUGAGGCAAAAUUAUCUACAUUUAAAAAAAUUGAUGAACCUAUAAGCGUAUCUGAAGAAGGGAUGAAUUAUUUCACAGGAAAGAUAACAGAUGAACAAAGACAAAAACGACGCGAGCAAUUACUUGCUGUAACAGAAGAUGAUGUUAAAGAAGUCGCCAAGAUUUAUUUAGAAAAACAAGAAAAAGAAAAUUUGAAUUCCAUCGCUAUUAUUGGUGAAGGUAAACCUGAAAUAUCAAAUGAUAAAGAAUGGAAAUUUUAUGAAUUAAGUACUGAAGAUGAAAAAAAAUGAGUAUAACAAAUAUUUAGAAAGCGAAAGAAAAGAAAAGAAAUAGCACAAGUUCUUAAAAAUAAUUAUUAAAGACUGCCACGAUAAUGCAAAUAUCAUGAAUGUAUAUUCCAAAGAAAACAAAAUUUUAUCCUAAUAUAAGCUCAAUUUCAAGUUUAAUUUAUCGUUUGCUCCUUGUUUUCUCCUCUCUCUUGGUUACUACCUAUUAUUUUUUUUUUUAAAAAAAAAAAGCAUUCUCAUUUAUCAAAA